CAGGCGCUUGCCUUCUCUUUUAUGGAGCUUGGGCCCCUGCUCCAGCCCCGUCGAGGCUGUGGACGUGUACGGUCUGGAAGCCUGGUUUCCAGCCCCGUGGCCCAUCCCUGGCUGCGGGGAGUGGAAGCUCCCACGAGGUAGCGGUGGCCCGCAUUGGCCCCGUCCCGGCAGUGAGCCAUGGGCCAGAAGCUCUCGGGGAGCCUCAAGCCGGUGGAGGUGCGAGAGCCGGCGCUGCGGCCGGCCAAGCGCGAGCUGCGGGGAGCCGAGCCCGGGCGGCCGGCGCGGCUGGACCAGCUGCUGGACAUGCCGGCGGCGGGGCUGGCGGUGCAGCUGCGGCACGCGUGGAACCCCGAGGACCGCUCGCUCAACGUCUUCGUCAAGGAUGACGACCGGCUCACCUUCCACCGGCACCCGGUGGCGCAGAGCACCGACGGCAUCCGCGGCAAGGUGGGCCACGCCCGCGGCCUGCACGCCUGGCAGAUCCACUGGCCGGCGCGGCAGCGGGGCACGCACGCCGUGGUGGGCGUGGCCACGGCGCGCGCCCCGCUGCACUCGGUGGGCUACACGGCGCUGGUGGGCAGCGAUGCUGAGUCGUGGGGCUGGGACCUGGGCCGCAGCCGCCUCUACCACGACGGCAAGAACCGGCCCGGAGUGGCCUACCCGGCCUUCCUGGGGCCCGAGGAGGCCUUCGCGCUGCCUGACUCGCUGCUCGUGGUGCUGGACAUGGACGAGGGCACGCUCAGCUUCGUCGUGGAUGGCCAGUACCUGGGCGUGGCCUUCCGCGGCCUCAAGGGCAAGAAGCUGUACCCGGUGGUGAGUGCCGUGUGGGGCCACUGCGAAGUCACCAUGCGCUACAUCAAUGGCCUUGACCCCGAGCCCCUGCCGUUGAUGGACCUGUGCCGGAGAUCCAUCCGCCUGGCCCUGGGCCGCCAGCGCCUAGGGGACAUCGGCUCCCUGCCCCUGCCUCAGUCUCUCAAAAACUAUCUGCAGUACCAGUGAGCCGGGGCGGAGGGGCAGCGGGGACACCCACGGCCCCCGGCCUGUCAUCUCACCGUCACCCAGGACAUCUUCCCAACUUUGAAAACGAAAUGUCUGUUGCCAACAGUAUUUUCUGCCUUGGAAGCCGCCCUCCCAAGUCAGAUACCUCCUUGGAAGCCAGGAAGAGCCCAGAGCCUACAGAGAUCCUACACGCCCAGCAGGACACAGCAGCCACUGGUAUAUUGAUCCAAGAGCCUGUUUCCUUAUUCAAGAGAAUGAAUAAAACAUUUGGGCAGGAGACUUUCUGUUGUGUGCCCUGGUGCAGACGGGGCCAGGGGAAAAUUGGCCAGCUCCGGGAGCAAAUUGCCUCUGAAUAAUGAAUGGUGAAAGCAGCUUGACGCCGGUGCCCCUCUGCGCCCCCACCCCUCGCCAGGGCAGCAGGAUUGUCGUGACACUUUAGGACUUUGUACCCCUUUGAACGACUGUUACCCAGGGAUGCCCAACUGCAGAAUCGGCAAGUGGACAAAGCAGUGUGGAGACACCUCCCAGCUUACCUCUCUGAACGUUGUUUACUUCCUCCUCUCGCGUGCGUGCCCUCCUUCCCCACCGUGGACCCCCAGUCUCUGGAUGCCCCAAGCACCUCUAUUCAGGGAAGCUGAGUCUGACUAAUUCACCCCAGGGACAGAGUGUAUCCUUUAUUAUUGUUGUUGUUUUAAGUUGGAUUUUAAAAUGAUGUGGUGAGGGCAGUACUUAGUCCAAAGGUGCUAAUGGGGGAACUGGGGGCAUUGUGACGCCCACAGGGAUGAUGUCCUGGGGCUGGGGAGGUUUCCUGGGGUGCUGAGGGUCUCCAGGCAACCGUCCGUUCAGGAUACAGCCUGGCUGCCACAAAGCUUUAUUUGAGCGAAUUAUUUUUUCACUUUAGGAGACUUGUAUGAGUCUGUUUCUGUUUCACGUGUGUGUGUGUGUGUGAUGUGCUGUUUAUUUAUCAGUUUGGGGCCGUGGGGGCAGCCUUGUAACUGGACGGGUGGAUGUCCUUCACCUGCCGGAGGGAGCCUGUCCUCCCACAGGGACGAUGCUGCCCCCACUGCGGCCGCCGCCACCACCACGGCACCUCUCGUGUUUCCAACGCUUUCUGCCCAGACUGAUUUUUAACUGGAAAUUGUCACAGCAGUGGGAUACCAGAGCCCCAGAUGGCACUGCUUCCCGCCACUUUAAUGUGAAUUUGACUGAUGAAUGAGGAGCGUUUCUAAUAAAGUCUGUCGUUCAGUCCU